AUGAAGUUCGCAACUCUCCUUGCAUUCAGCGCAUCGGUAUAUGGCAUCGCAUUCGACGGACCCCUACCCACACCGGUCACCGAUCUCGUAUAUGCCGCCCUCAACGGCUUCACACCCAAACCCACACCCGCACUCCCCGAGCUCUUCCGCCGACAAAAACCCUCUUCGAAUCCUGCAGUCUGCGGGUUCCUCAAUGGCGAUGGAGGAUUCCCCCUCUCCUGCACCGCAGCAUCAACAUGCCUCUCCUCAUCUUCCGCAAACUGGUUCGGAUGCUGCGCAUCCUCGUCCUGCGCCCCGAUAACCCGCUGCGUCAACUCGGCGUCGCUGGCCUCCUGUCUUGACGAUAAGUCGUGCUUCGACGAUCCCGGCGCCAUGGCGUGCAGUGCGUCCGACGCCCCGUUCUGCGUCAACAUGUUCGCGGGCAGUUUGAGCCAUUGGGUCUGUGGCGCGACGGAGACGAGUGUGCCGGUCAUGGCGGCUGCGAGUACGUCGCGCGAUGCGAGUAGGAUUGUGCAGGGUGCGAAGAGUACGGUGGGCGGAUUGAGGGCGACGACAACGUUAGCUGGGGAGGCGCCUGCCAGCGCGAGUGCGGUGUCGACGGGCGGAGGGGCGGUAAGGACGGCGGGGGCGAUGGUGGGUGUUGCUGUUGGUGCGGUUGUGAUGCUCCUAUGA